AGUAAACCCAGCUUUUAUAGAAAGCCAACAUAGACAACAUAGCUAGCGUAUGUAUUCUGUAAUCAUGUUCAUAUCCUCCCACACAUCGUACGUCCUUCCCAGGAUUAGCAAUUUGCUCGGCACAUCCAGUUAGGCCGAUGCCGAUGCCGACACCAGCGACAAGUUCCUGCUGCUGCUUCUUCAGGAAGCCGAGGGAGAAGAAGAGGACAGUGUUGUGAGCGCUUCCCGCUUGCCGUUUUGGCUGUUGCUGUGUGCGUUGAAUUCAGGCCGUAGCUAUCACAUAUAUCAGGCUAUCACAUCCACGGUGACAGCACCAUGCAUCGGUUAUUCAUCAGGCAGUAGUAGUGGCCUGAGUUGGAGCAGAUCGAGCAGAGUGAUGAUGAGGACUUCUCUCUUCACUAGCCCACGGCACCACAAGGCACAAGCUAGCUGCCUAUAUAAACCAGCUCGCUCCGCUCUUACCACAACCGAUCCAGCUUUGCUAAAUUGCUUUGUUGUGCUUGUUGAGCUGAGCUGAGCUGAUCAGGUGCACUACUAGCUAGUUCUGCUGCAGGAAGCUAGGAAUGGCUCUGCUGGAGGUCGCAGGAGGGUUGUGGGUGCGGUACGCGCCGCACGUGCUGAUGGUGCUGGCGCAGCUGUGCUACACGCUCAUGUACUUCAUCACCGAGGCCGGCUUCAACCAGGGGCUCAACCCCUACGUCUACAUCACCUACCGUCAUCUGCUCGUCGCCGUCCUCAUCUGGCCCUUCGCCUACUACCAGGAGAAAGGGUUGAGGCCUAAAAUGACGCUCAUGCUGUUCAUGGAGAUAUUUGUGCUCUCGCUUCUCGGGGUGAGCUUAACUCUGAACAUGUACUUCGCGAGCUUGAAGUACACUUCCCCGACGUUCGUCACCUCCGUGGUGAACACCAUUGCCUCAAUGACGUUCGUCAUCGCCAUCAUCCUCAGGAUGGAGAUCGUGGACGUGAAGAGCCUACGCGGGCUCGCCAAGAUCGCAGGGACGGUGGUGUCUUUCGCGGGGGUGACCACCAUGACUCUGUACAAAGGAGCAGCCAUCACCAGCCUCUGGAAGUCGCCUGUUCAUAUCCCCGGCAGCGGCAGCGGUGGCGUUGGCCAUGAUAGCUGGGUGAAAGGGUCAGUCCUCGCAGUGGCCAGCUGCAUAUGCUGGUCCAUCUGGUACAUCAUGCAGGCGUCAUCUCUGAAGAGGUACCCGGCGCAGCUCUCGCUGACGGCAUGGAUGUGCACGGUCGGGGGCAUCCAGUCCACUAUUUUCACGGCGUUGAUGCAGCACAAGCCGGAAGACUGGCGCAUCGGGUUCGGGCUCAAGUUCUGGUGCAUCGUCUACUCGGGGAUCGCCUGCAACGGCUUCACGGUGUUCGUGCAGCUGUGGUGCACCGAGAAGAAAGGCCCCGUCUUCGUCACCAUGUUCAACCCCCUCUCCACCAUCAUGGUCGCCAUCCUGGCCUACUUCAUCUUCGGCGAAAACCUAUACGUCGGCAGCAUCAUCGGAGGCGGGGUUGUGAUUGUGGGCCUGUACAUGCUGCUGUGGGGAAAGGAGAAAGACGACCAAGAAGAGCACGGCAGCACGGGCAAAGAGCGGGAACAGCUCGAGAUGGACUGCGAGAAGCAGGCGAAGAAGGUGAGCGAUGUGUACGAAGCGCCCAAUCCCAUCAAGAGAACGAAGUGAAGAAGCACCCCGGACACCGCGCGCGCGCAUCAGACGGCCGGUGACUGCCGGGCAUGAGCAGCAAUAUAUAAGUGAUGAUGUACAGAGUCACCGAUCCGAUCUCGCGUCAUCAGCUAUGUAAAUGUAUGUAAUGUAUAUGUAUGUAUGCAACUCGGCAACAGACAGACGUCUGGCUCGUGGAUCCCAUGCCCAUGGGUGAUGGGUGGGUGUACUACCAAAUUCAGUAGUCUGUGACUGUGUGACCGUGACCCUGGCCUGAAGCUGAGUAUAUAGCAGUCGUAUUGUGAUGCUGCUGUGUCUUUUUUUGGCA